AUGGACGGCGGUAGUGUUAUUUUCUUUGGAGACACCACCCUACCAAUCAUACCCUCUUUGGCACAAUUACUUGAGGCACGAAGACCAAAUUCUUUACUCUCACAGUUCCUUUCAUUAUCUGAGGAGGUAUUACGUGAAAGUAUUGGUCAUCUCCCAGGACAUGUUCAGGAGGAGGCUUUGCGAUUUACUCGGUUGUCGGAUAUUGUGGAUUCCGAACAUCAUGAGCUUCCCGCUCUACAUGUCUUGGCACCUGCCAUCCUGGUGAUUGUCCAGUUGGGUCACUUUAUAGGAUGGUAUGAGAAUCCUUCACACUGCGAAUUUCCUUCCACCAGCAAAAGUCUCUGUAUUGGACUUUGUGUGGGCCAGCUAUCAGCAGCUGCAGUCAGUCUUGCAAAGAAUGUUGUCGAACUCAUCCCGAUAGCUGUUGACACUGUUCGUCUCGCGGUCCGACUGGGUUCGCUGGUUUUUACUGUGGGUGGGGACCUGGAAGUCGAGGAACAUCAAGAUCCAUGGGCACUCUUGAUCGAGAAAGAAGUCUUGCCGGAUACGGACUUGGCUUCAAUACUGGAUAAAUGGGAUAAAUCCAGUCGGAAACAACCUUAUAUCACUGCGGAAUUUGACAGCACAGUCACAGUCCAGGGGCCGCCUACGACACUAAUUUCCCUCAAAGGGAUAAUCUUGGAGUUCCUCAAGUCCACACAGUCCGCUCAGCUCGAUGUCGAAAACCUGGUAAAAGGAUUGACUAGCUUUUCGAAAGCUCCGGGCUUGAACAAUGAGCGUACAGCUGGUCCUGCACUGCUAUCUCCCUAUUUGGCUCAUGCGGUAGACAGGGAGAGACCAGCAGAGAUAGUGCGGGAUGUGUUGAAGGACUUGCUAUUCCGACCGAUCCAAUGGAAAAAUCUUAUUGAGGGCACAGCUUCAUAUCUCACUUCGCUCAAGCUUUCAGAAUUUGAUAUCUACUGUUUUGGUCCAGUCCAUUCACACAAAUCGUUUAUAUCAACCAUACAAGACAAAAUUGAUGCAAAAGUCAUGCUAUGUGACACAACAGUCCAGGGGGAUCAAGAACAUUCUACCAGAGGAUUGAACAUCCCAAUUGCAGUGAUUGGAAUUUCGGGCCGUUUUCCCGAUGCUAAUAGUGUGGAUGAACUUUGGAGGAUUCUUGCAGAUGGUGUUGACUGCCAUAGAGUGAUACCAAAUGACCGAUUUGACCCUUCAAUUUAUGUUUCGAAAGACGGAAAAGACAAGAACAAAAGUGCAACUGAAUUUGGGAACUUCAUGAAAGAUCCCGGGCAAUUCGAUGCUCGUUUCUUCAAUAUGUCCCCCCGAGAAGCUAUGCAGACAGAUCCUCAACAGAGGCUUGCCUUGGUCACAGCGUACGAAGCAUUAGAGCUUGCAGGUUAUGUACCCGGCCAAACACCUUCAACACAGAUGGAGAGAAUCGGAAGUUUCUAUGGCCAGACAACAGACGACUACAAAGACGUGAAUGUCGUCCAGGAUAUUGACACAUAUUAUGUCUCCGGAGUGAUUCGUGCAUUCGGACCCGGACGUGUUUCUCGUGCAAACCAACUGGGAGGUCCUAGUCUGAGUGUUGACACUGCUUGCGCAUCCAGUGCCACUGCUCUUAAUCUUGCGUGUACAUCCAUCUGGAGCAAUGAGUGUGACACGGCCGUUGUCGGAGGAAUGAUGCUUCUCAACAGUCCUGAUAUGUAUGCCGGCCUCUCACGAGGACAUUUCGUCUCCAGUGAUGGUCCUUGCAAAACCUUCGAUGACGAGGCAGAUGGCUACUGUCGUGGAGAGACAGUCGCUAGCAUAGUCUUGAAACGCCUCGAUGCUGCCAAGGCAGACAAUGAUAAUGUCCUUGGUGUGAUCCUAGCAGCAGGCACAAAUUACUCUGCCUAUGCGGCAUCCAUCACACAACCCCAUGCUGGGACACAAGAAUCGCUUUUCCGAAAAGUCCUUCGUGAGGCGGCAGUCAAGCCGAAAGACAUUGACUAUGUUGAGCUACAUGGGACGGGUACUCAGCUUGGAGACUCUACAGAAAUGGCCUCGGUUCUCAACGUUCUGGCUCCUAGCCACUCACGGCGACCACCGGACAGGCCUUUGUAUGUUGGGUCGGUCAAGGCAAAUAUUGGUCAUGGAGAGUCUGCCUCUGGGAUUACAGCCUUGAUCAAAGCACUUCUACUGUUCAAGAACUCUCAGAUCCCACCCCAUAUUGGAAUCAAGAGCGGCCGAAUAAACCGAAACUUUCCUCCUUUGGAGGAGCGAAAUGUGAAAAUUGCAAAGAAGCUUACUGCCUUCCCACCCAGCCCCGACAGAAAGCGCAAAGUUUUGAUCAACAAUUUUGGUGCUGCUGGAGGGAAUUCCAGUUUCGUUCUCGAGGAGGGCGACUCCUUCUCACAAGAAUCUGAACCAGUGACUACUGUGCGUGACCAUGUCAUCAGUGUGACUGCCAAAUCAACGACAUCGCUUCUGAGAAAUUUGAUGAACUUGGUCCUUUUCAUUGAAAAUCAACCCCAAGUGGCCAUGAGGGACAUCGCUUAUUCCACUACUGCCAGGAAAGUGCAACAUCCACUACGUGUUUCGAUCGUCGCUUCAACGCUAUCCGAAGCAAAGUCCAAACUAUCUGCAAAGGUCAACAACGAAGGCACGAGAUCAACAAUCAAAUUAUCCAACCCAAUCUUUGUGUUUACUGGGCAGGGAUCUCUGUUUGCGAAUGUAGGGAAACAGAUCUUUGAAACAAAUUCCUCAUUCAGGACCCACUUAACCAGACUGGAACGAAUUGCAGUUGAACAUGGAUUCCCACCUUUCAUUGAUGCUAUAAUUAAUGGAAGCGAGGAAAUCGGUACGCUGCAGCCUGUACAGUCACAGGUGGGCCAAGUUGCCCUGCAAAUGUCCCUUUUUACUCUCUGGUCUUCAUGGAAUAUAAGACCCUCAGCUGUGAUAGGGCAUAGCUUGGGAGAAUAUGCCGCUCUUUUCGCCGCCGGAGUUCUGUCAGCAAGUGAUACGUUAUAUCUGGUUGGUCGACGUGCAACCCUGCUGCAGAAUUUAUGUGAGUCGUCCACACAUGGAAUGUUGGCGGUCAAUCAGAGCCUGGACCGUGUUAAGAGUGUGCUGGCCGAUCAUUUCAAUGGGCUAGAGGCUUCAUGUUUCAAUACUCCGACAGACAUUGUUAUUAGUGGCCCGAUUGCGAGAAUUCACGAGGCGCAGCCGCUUUUGAAAGCCCAUGACAUGCGAUGCACACUUCUUAACGUUCCUUUUGCUUUUCAUUCUUCUCAGGUCGACCCAAUACUGGGCCCACUUGAGAGCGAAGCAAGUAAGGUUUCUUUUCGAAUGCCUAGAAUUCCGAUUCUCUCUACCUUGCUGGGAAGGAAACUGAACAAUCUCGAUGCACUGAACCCAUCUUACCUGGUGCGUCAUGCGCGAGAACCUGUCCAAUUUGCUGAAGCAAUCCAAUCGGCGCAAUUGGACAACUUGAUUACUUCGGAAUCCGCAUUCCUUGAGAUUGGUCCUCAUCCUGUCUGUCUUAGCAUGGUCGCUUCGACUCUCCAAUCCACAAGCCGGCUCCUUUCUACGCUUCAUCGGAAGGAGCCUCCAAUUGCUACUAUCUGCAAGGCCCUGGCGACAUUUAGUGAUGGUGGUAUUUCUAUCAACUGGAAAAACUAUCACAGCAGCUUUGCUGGUACUCCGAAGCUACUCAGUCUCCCCACAUACGCCUUUGAUGAGAAGAAUUACUGGAUCGAGUAUCGCAACAAUUGGCUUUUGCAACGGCACCCGAGCAGUAGUCCUUCGAAGGUGAAUGAAUUGCAGCCGCAGAUCACAACGACCGUCCAAAGAAUUUUAUCUUCUACCAUAGAUGGUUCAGUGGCGUCUGUUGUUUUUGAGUCAGAUCUGGCCAAUCCGGUACUGCAUGGAUUAAUCGCAGGCCACAUUAUACAUGGAAUCGCGUUAUGUCCGUCGAGACUUGUCAAGGGGGUCUUUGUAGAUAUUGCCAUGACGGUGGCGGACUAUCUUCGAAGAAACUUCUCAUUCAAUGGUCCUGUUUCUGGUAUAAAGGUCAUCAACCUUCAAAUGACAAAGCCUGUCAUAAUGCCAGUUGAGAGACCAAAGACCCCUCGAAUAUUCCGAAUUUGUUCGCAGGCAUAUACUCAAACAGGAUCCAUACGUUUGGAAAUCGGGACCCCAGCUGAGUCAGGCCAAGAACUCGAAACCCAUGCCUCUUGUGAAAUUGAGUUUGAAGACAGUGCUUUGUGGCUGAGGCAGUGGAACAAAAAUUCAUACCUCAUACUGGAAAGGAUUCUCAACCUAGAAGAUGGUGUCACCAGGGGAAGUUCAAGUCGCAUGUCUCAUGACAUGGUUUACAAUCUCUUUUCCAUGGUUGUCCAUUAUGAUCAGCGGUAUCAAGGGAUGAAAGAAGUUAUCAUUGAUGCUGAGAAAUUGGAAGCAGUUGUUUCACUUUCUUUACACAAUGACCCCGACAUGGGAACAUUCUUUUUCUCUCCUUUGUGGCUGGAUAACCUUGCUCAGAUUGCCGGAUUUGUCAUGAAUGCCAUCGGAAAGGUCGACCCCAGGGAAUUUACCUACAUAUCUCAUGGAAUUGGCUCAUACCAGAUUGGCGAAGAGAUUCGUCCGGAUCUCUUAUACAAAGCACAUGUCAGGAUGUUGCCAGAGACAGGAACUGUCUUUUCCGGUGAUGUCUCAAUUUUCCAGGGAGAAAGAUUGAUAGCCCGCUGCGGGGAGGUCAAAUUUCAGAGAGUGCCCCGUGCUGUGUUGAACAAGAUUCUUUCUUAUCCAGCAGAGCCGCGUACAUCUACAAGAAAGCUCACCGCGCCUGAUUUGACAGGUGGAGCCCAAAAAGGUAAUCACAAUUUGCCACUGCGUCGCGAGACACAUACACACUCUAUCAUCGACGAUGUCAAGGAGCUUCUCGCGGAGCAGAUAGGCAUCUCCGCCAAAGAUUUGACAGACAAAAGUGGCUUUCAGGAGCUAGGAGUGGAUUCUCUUUUGUCGAUGACAAUCCUAGCACAGAUUCAUGAAGUGCUUCAUAUCCAGUUACCAGCAUCUACUUUUACAGAUUUUUCGACAUUCGGGAGCCUGAAACAGUACAUACUGAAAAAUCUACCAGACCAGUCAGAUGGUUCUGCCACUCCUGUGUCAGAAAGCAGCGAAUCAGUGGUUUCCUCUACGUCGAGCAGGUCGCAAAGUCUUCCCAGCACCCCGCCCGAUUCCCGCCUCACGGAAGUAUACUCGAUCAUCGCAGAUGAGAUGGGUCUAGAUAUGGAAGAGCUUUUAGCUGCAGAGAGCCUAUCAUCACUUGGCCUUGAUUCUAUGAUGGCAAUUACUAUUACUGGAGCGUUGAACGAGAGAAUUGGAAUCGAGGUUCCUUCCGGAAUCUUUGAUUCGUCUUCAGCCAAGGACCUUCACAGCUCCUUGAAUGAUCUGUUUGGAUCUCCAAGAUUUGACCCACAGAGAGAUAUCCAGAACGCUCAGCAGAGAGUGACUCCGCGUCGGUCGCUUCCAGCCUCUAUGACCCUUCAGGGCGAUAGCCACUCAACAAGUAAGACACUUUUCCUAUUUCCCGACGGAAGCGGUCUUGCCACAUCAUACGCUAAGCUCCCUCGGAUCUCAAAGGAACUCCAAGUCAUCGGGCUGAAUAGUUGCUUGCUUGGCGAGAAGAGCGCAAUUCCAAGAGAUAUUUCUUUGAUCGCUUCCAAAAUGGUUGAAACUGUCCGACAAAUCCAACCCAGUGGCCCUUAUCUCUUGGCUGGAUGGUCGGCGGGUGGCAUGUACUCAUUUGAAGCAGCUCGCCAGCUCUUAGAGGCCGGAGAGAGUGUAGCUUCAUUGAUACUCAUUGACUCACCCUGCCGCUUACGCUUUGGACCAAUGCCUCCUCAGCUUCUUCAUCUUUUGUCAGAUGGUUUGACUCUGAGAAGUGAGGUCCGACAGAAUUUUCUAGACACAAUAGCCGCAGUCGAUGGAUAUACUCCACAUCCACUCAAGAAAAAUUCACUGAUGCGAGUAACAAUCAUAUGGGCAGAGGAUGGUCUUGAGAAGACAAUGGAGCUACAACCGGGGCCUAUUGACCUGAACUACAAUGAUGCCAUAGUCGAGUGGCUUCUCCGACGGGCUGGUCCUCUAGAUGCAAUGGGCUGGGACAAGCUUCUGCCUGAUUGUUCUUUGGAGAUCAGGACAACCAACGGGAAUCACUUCAGCAUGGUUCAGACUCCCAAUGCAAAAUCGCUCAGUGAUGCCAUAUCGGGCGCAUUAGAACUUUCCUAG